UUCACUAAAGAAAAGAAUAUAGAUUUAAUUUUACUAAAGAAAAAGAAAAUAGAUUCAUUCAGAAAAAAAGAAAGAAAGAAAAAAAGAAUCAUGCUUUUCUUCUUUUACAACGGCAAGACAAGUAUAUUUUUCUUUUGGAGUUUAUAUAUAUUUAUUUACUACACAGUAAAAUAAAGAAUGAUAUAUAUAUGUAUGUCAUCUUUGAGUUUUGUAGUUCAAAGAUUUUGGUUGUUGCAUACAAUUGAUUAAUCUGCUUGCUUCUUCAUUUGGAGUCUUCAUCAAUACGUUCAAAGAUAUUUCACUAGCAAAUUAAUAAGCACAAAGUAUGGCCAACUUAAUGGUGGGAGGAGCUCUUCUCUCUAGUUUCACCAAUGUCCUAUUUGAUAGGCUUGCUACCAAAGAGGUUAUUAACUUCUUUCGAGGAAAUGAACUCAGUCAAAAGCUACUCAAAGAGUUGAAGACUAUGUUGCUAUCGGCUAAUGUGCUGCUCAACGAUGCUGAGGAGAAACAACUUCGAGACAACAACGUAAGGAAUUGGCUUGAUGCACUUAAAGAAGUAAUGUAUGAAGCAGAUCAUGUGAUGGACAAGAUCAAUACUGAAACUCUGAGAUUCAGGGUGGAGAAAGAUGACCUCAAACGCACACUGAGUAACCUCUUCCACAAUCAAGUGAAAUCUAACAUAGAAGAUAUCCUUAAAACUCUAGAAGAUCUUUUAAAACAGUCAGAACAUCUUGGUUUGAAAAAAGUUGACCACAAAACAACUUUACAUAGACCACAUGCCCCUUUGUUAGAUGAUUAUCAAGUUUAUGGAAGAGAGGAUGAUAAACAGGCUAUUCUUAAGCUAUUGUUGUGUGAUCAUGAUGAUGUCAUCGAAAGGAUUUCGGUUAUUCCCAUAGUAGGGAUGGGUGGAAUCGGUAAAAGUACUCUUGCUCAGAAUGUGUAUUACGAUGCCAAUGUUCAAAAACACUUUGACUUGAAAGUAUGGGUAACUAUAUCUGAUGAUUUUGAUGUUCUUAAAAUAACAAAACUUAUUUUGGAGAGGAUCGUUGGAAAAAAAUGUGAAAUGAACGAGCUACAUCAAAUUCAGAAAGACUUGAAGGAUGCUUUGGCCGGGAAGAAAUUUCUUUUCGUUCACGAUAAUGUGUGGAAUGAGAAUUACGAGUUGUGGGAUCUUUUGAAAAGCUCUUUUCAAUCUGGUGUAGAAGGAAGCAAGAUUAUUGUCACCACACGUAACGAAGAUGUCGCACUGAAGAUGAAGACGAGAGAUGUUCAAACUUAUUACAAGCUUAAGAACAUGACUGAUGAUGAAUGUUGGAAGAUUUUUGCAGAGCAUGCCUUUGAUCAUGUAGACACUGAUGCUGUUGUAUUUUUGGAGUUGCAAGAAAUUGGAAGACAAAUUGUUAAGAAGUGUAAGGGCCUUCCCUUAGCUGUUAAAUCAAUGGCUGGACUUCUACGAUCUAUGUCAACUCCUGACGAGUGGAGACAUGUACUGCAUAGUGAUGUGUGGGAGUUGCCUAAUUCUCACAACAUCGAAAUUAUUCCAUCUUUAUGGUUGAGUUAUCGAUUUUUGCCUCCUUAUUUAAAACCAUGCUUUUCCUAUCUUUCAAUAUUUCCCAAAGACUACAAUUUUGGUGAUGAUGAUAGAGAAAAACUAAUCUUAAUAUGGAUGGCAGAAGGUCUUUUGCAACCUCAAAAAGGAAAAAGAAUUGAAGAUGUUGGAGAAGACUAUUUGAAUGCUUUAAUAGCAAGAUCAUUUUUUCAAAGAAACACAAGGGAUCUUUCUCUUUCAAUGCACGAUCUGAUGCAUGAUCUAGCUAUGUAUGUGUCAAGUCAAUGUUGUUUCAUUUAUGAUAGUUGUAAGGUCUUGCACAAGCCUAGUAGCAAGACUCGCCAUCUAUCAUACAUGAAAGACUUGGAAAAUACAACAGAAUUUGACGAUGAAAACGACUUUUAUUCAAACUUGCGUAGCUAUUUGGCUUUACCAUUGUCAAAGAUAUUCUCUCCAACAAAGACAAGAUUAACAGAUGAAAUCAUGUUGUUGAAGGAUGGAGGAUGCUUAAGGGCACUUUCUUUGUCAGAAUCUCAUACUACAGAGUUGCCCGAUAAGAUUGGAAAUUUGAAACAUCUCAGGUAUUUGGAUGUAAGCGACACACCAAUCAAAGAAUUGCCUGCUUCAAUUUGUGUGUUAUACAAUUUGGAAACGCUGUUGUUGAACAUGUGCCACAAACUUACACAAUUACCUACCAACAUUUCAAAGUUAAUCAAUUUGCGCCAUUUAAUGAUGAGAGGCGCUUCUUUAAAAGAGAUGCCGCCAAGAAUUUGUGAUAUGAUAAAUCUUCAGACGUUGAGUGAUUUUGUUUUGAGUGAAAAUGACGGAUCUAGGAUCAAAGAGCUGGGUAAGUUGGAGAAUUUACGUGGAAGCUUGCAGAUUUCAGGCCUUGUACAUGUUAAGGAAGCGAGUGAUGUUUUGGAAGGAAACUUGAAGAACAAAAAGAAUUUGACUGAGCUUAUUUUAAGAUGGAAUGGUGAAGCAGAUGAUUCGGUAAAGGAAAGAGAAGUACUUAUCGCACUCCAACCACAUGAAAAUUUGAAAAAACUCAAAAUCGAAGGUUAUAGAAGCACAAACUUACCAGAUUGGGUAACACAUCCAUCCUACUCUAAUUUGGAAGAAGUUGAUCUAGACUGUAAAAAUUGUUGCUUGUCAUUGUUAUCAUUUCAGCAACUAGUUUCGCUAAGAUAUCUUCAUAUCUUUUGUAUGGAAUUUCGUGGGGUUUAUCUAAAUAAGCCAUUUUCAUUCUUGACAAGCUUGGAGCUUCUUGGAAUAACUACGUUGGAUUGGUCGGUUGCCAAUACAGAUGAUCAAAUGUGUGUGAUUUUCCCUGCUUUGAAGGAAUUUCAUUUAAUAAAGUGUGGGAAGAUAAAUGUGGCACUACCUGAGGGUAAUUUUCCUUCUUUGGAAGAGAUUGAGAUUGACGGUUGUUAUGAAUUGGUGACUAUUUUUCCAUCAAGUAGUACUCAAAUGGACAUUGCAUAUCCCUCCCUUGAAGUAUUGGAAAUAUCUUUUUGUCCAAGGUUGGAGUCAUUUUCAGAAAUGGAAUUAUUGCCCUUUACUUUAAAACGUCUACGUAUCUCAAGUUGCAAUAUGCUUAUGGAGAAUCGCGUGAAAUGGAAUCUACAAAGACUCCCAUUGUUGAUUGAGUUAUCACUUUGUGGAUAUGAAGGAGAGGUGGAUUCAUUUCCAGAAGAAUGGUUGCUCCCACCGACUUUAACUCAUUUGGUAAUCAGUGAUUUUGAUAAGCUUACAGCUCUAAACAGCAAGGGUUUUCACCAUCUCACCUCACUUCAACGAUUGCAUCUUUAUUACUUGAGCAAGCUCGAGUGCUUACCAGAAGGAGGACUGCCCCAAACUCUUACUACUUUGAGGAUAGAACAUUGUCCUCUGUUAAGCCACAAGUGCAAGGAAAGAAUAGGGGAAGAUUGGCCCAAGAUUCAAUACAUACCUAUCAUAUAUAUACAUUAGUAACAAAGUCUCUUUUACUCAACAGAUCAAUGAGCUACAAUAAAUGAGGAGCUUCUUCAACUUCUAUCUCUUGAUGCUGCUGAUCUUGCCUUCUUGAAGUUUUUAGAGGGUUGUCCUGCUUUCUUGAAGUUUUAUGUUAGUUGGACAGUUGGAAGCAGAUUGAUUUCAUUUUUUAUUGGCAAAAUCUUCUACUCGAUGUCUGUCAUUUGUCAUAAAGAGUCUUUACAAACAUUGAUAGGCUAAUGUUCGAGUGAUCUGUUUCGUCUUGAGUUUGUGUGAAGCCUAUAUAUAGUGUGCUUAGAAUAAUAAUCUUGUUCAUGAAGUGUAAUAGUUGUGUACUAUUUGUAUUUUGUGUCUUUGGUUUGUGUGUGUUUUUCCUUUGCUUUUGGUUGUGUUGUGUGGGAUUUGUUUUUUUUUUGUUUGUGUGUGGUUUAUCUUUAUUUCAAUUAUGUUGUGUGAGAUUUGUAUUUCAUUAUUUUCCUUUUGUAUUGUUUGUUGUUACCACGGUAUUCCUCCGCCAUAAGUGAGGAUUUUCAAUAAACUCAGGAAGAGAUCAGUCAUGGACAUGUGAUCUUCUUCUCUUCCAAUAAGAAAAAAAGGUGUUUAUUAACUAAAUAAGGAAUAUCGAUAUUCGUACAAUUAAGUAUGUAGUCCCUUAUAAUUUAAUAAUUUUUUUUUUCUAAAAUAUCGCUAACUAAUAACAAGGUAUCACUUUUAGGUGGUGCUAAUACCAAUAUAACUUAGGAAUAUGGAUGACACUCCUACUGGGUUCAAGGUAUUGAUGACCAAUAUAACUUAGGAAUAUUGUUAGGACUGGGUCUCGGGUUCGGGUCGGAGAUUGGGGUUAACCCUGCUUUGUAAA